AUGAGCAGCAUGACGGCCCGGGACGAGCUCGGAGAGGAGAAGCCCAAAGUGAAGAUGCUAUCUCCGGGAUUUGGGAUCGAUAAAUCCCGGCUGCACGGCUCCGGGUUCCGGUCUAAAGGUUUUGCCAUCACCGACCUGUUGGGCCUGGAGUCGGACCUACAGGCGCGGCAGCAGCCCGGAGGCGCCCCCGGUUCGGGCCUCUCUGCGGCGGGCUCCGGGACCGAGCCGCAGGGACCCGGCGGCGGCCUCGGCGGGUUCUCUUUCCCGGGAGGGUCGCUGCCUCUCGGCCUCGGCUUCCUGUGCAGCCUGGCGGCCCAGCAGCCCGCCGGGGCGCCCUGCUUCCUGCCCGGACACCUGCCGCUGCUGCAGGCCCGGGCCGACAGCCACUACCUGCAGAACCUGGAGGCCCAGAGGGACGCCUACUCCGAUGAAGAAUGUCUCUCUGACCGAAACGACGCCAAAACGUCCGGAAACUCUCAGAAGAGAAAGAAGAGGAGACACAGGACGGUGUUCACGUCCCACCAGCUGGAGGAGCUGGAGAAAGCUUUUCAUGAAGCUCACUACCCCGACGUCUACGCCCGAGAGAUGCUCGCCAUGAAGACGGAGCUGCCCGAGGACAGAAUACAGGUCUGGUUUCAGAACCGACGGGCGAAGUGGCGUAAGCGUGAGAAGUGCUGGGGUCGCAGCAGCGUCAUGGCGGAGUACGGCCUCUACGGGGCGAUGGUGCGACACUCCAUCCCGCUGCCCGAGUCCAUCCUCAACUCCGCCAAGAACGGCAUGAUGGGAUCCUGCGCCCCCUGGCUGCUCGGUGAGCCGCAUGCACGAAUGCACAAAAAGUCUUUAGAAAUGGCCAAAAAAUGUUCCAGCCCUCCGGAGUCCGACUCCACUCGCUCCAACACCUUCUGUGACGUCUCCGAGCAACGGGGUGGUGGCGAGGCCCGGGAAGUAGAGCACGAGGCGAGGGAGGAGGAGGACGAGAUGGAGGAGGAGGAGGAAGAGAUGGAGGAGGAGGUGGCCAUCGACCUGUCCAGCUCCUCCAAACAGCAGCAGCAGCAGCAGCAGGAGGAGGGCGUGAGGUCGUCCUCCUCGCCUCGGCGGAAGAGCAGCGGCGAGUUGGACGAACACAGCUGA